AUGAAUCAAUUUCAACAUUCUCAAUCUUCACAAAACAAUAUUAUGAAUAUUACAAAAAAGAUAGAUCAUAAAUUCAAUUCAAUUGAAAAUAAAAUUUUCAAUCCAAAUCAACAGAAUCAUAAUGAUGAAAAUAUCAUCAAAUUAUUAUACAAUCAUUUACAUCGACCACUUUCUCAACAUUUACGACCUCGUGAAUUAUAUACAAAUGAAUGGUUUUAUACAAAAAGUAAUGAUAUUUUAUUUGAUUAA